AAAUAAGCCAAAUCUAGUUUAAAAUAAGCUAAAAUGGCAGCAGUGUAUAGCAUCUCUAUUCACCACUAUUAUAUAUAUUUUUGAUAAUUGAUUUCAUUAAAAAUAUAAGGAAGUGUACUGCCCGUGACUGAAUAUACAUAUAACAAAAUCGUUGUCUGGUGCUGUCCACAAUACAGUUAAAAUUGCAACCAAACGAUAGCAGCAUCCCACGAAUAUGGCAUUAAAAAAUGGGAAAGGAAAUGAAGAGCUCAAUAAUAUGUCACAUGAGGAGCUGCAAGAAUGGACCACAAAAAUCAUAUGCGAAGCUCAGUGCGAAAAUUCAAUGAACCAAAACCUGGAGUUAACACGCUUGUACUCUACUGAUGUGCACUCUAUAGUGGCAUAUUUUGAGCAAAAUGCCAUCGAUGCAGCCAUUGCUUGUCACGGACUUUUCAUGGAUAAUGCCCGCCAAGAACCUUCCACAAUCAAUGAUGAAGAGCAACAACCUCCAGUGCGUCGACAGCGCCUGUCGCUACCGCAGCAGCAGUCUACAUUUAGCAACGAUUUAAUAAGACAUAUAGAGCCAGUGCACAAUAAAAACUCAUACGCUAAAUCGCACAACAGGAGUCAGGAUGUACACCUUUUCGAGGCGGUUAUAUUGGAGACAAUUGACAGACUCGGCUUACGCCGCACAACUUAGCCAAUGUUUUCGGGAUUGUACAAACAUAUGUAUAAACACACAAAAAUAAUUUUUUGAUCUACAAUCUAUAAUUUGGGCUUAAUUACAAGCGAAUGUGUAGAUUAACCUUUUAACCUUUUAAUAUCUGCUGAUUCGGGGUACUGGUACUUCGAUUCUCUUUUAGGUUGUCCUUUGACUCUGCGCUCGGCCCGCUGCCUACUGGGCUUCGUAUUUUUAGCCCGGUCCCAGAAUCCUAUAUCAAAAUACGCUGCCGUUGGCGUUGCAUAACAUGCAACAUCUUGGUAUUGUAUAGUCUUUGCUUUAACUUAACCAAUUAAAAGCAAAAAUAAAAACUCAACAUCAGACACACUUUUUUGAUAAGACUUGAAGCCCCAAAACUGUUCAAUGAAUUAUGUGUUUUCUUAUUACUAGCGAUUUUUUAGGUGUACCUCUAAACCUGAGCAUACUUCUAAAAAACAUCUAAAACAUUAUUACUUAAAACCAGCAAUUCAAAUCAAUUUUGAAUCCAUGAACUAGACAUACACACAAAUAUUUUAUUAUUCCGUAUUAAAUCCGGAAUAGUGCCCACAGGGUACGAGCUUCGUAGGCCAUUGGCAUUAAAAAAAAUAGAUCUCUCCUUAUUUCUCCCCACUCCACAUUUGGCCAGACGACCGAUAUUUUGGCAUGAAUUCAAAAAUUACAUGGAAACAACAUUUUUUUGAUGUAUAAAUAAAUAUAAUGUUCUGCUCAAUAUUAAAUUGAUAUCAAUAGAAAUGCUAUCACCGUUUUGAAAUUGAUAUUUAAGCAACUUGAAACUUAUAUUUAACUCAACGGAGAAAAAAGAAAUAAGUAAAAAAAAAAUAAUGAACAGAAAUUUAAAUCGAAAUAAGCUUCCCAAAUAGCGGUAGAAAUAUAAAAAAUUUUAGGAGACGCAUUUAUUGUUGUUUAUUGCCUUAAGUAGGCAUAAAUAGAAGAAGUAUACAAAUACUUAUAAAAUAUUCGCGUCAAAAAAUAUGCAUAAUACAACAAAAAUAAACUACUAAAAGCUA